AUGAAGACCAGAGCUCUUCCUACCCACAGGUCAAAUGAUUAUCUGGACAUGAAAACAGAAGGGGUGAAGAAAAAACGUAACAGAGUGCACUACUCUGCUGAUCAGAUUCGUGUAUUUGAAAGAUUAUUUGUCAAGAAUAACUUCCCAGAUAGAGAAACUUUAGAAUCUAUAUGCGAAGAUAUGGACAUCAGUCAUAAAAACGCACAGGUUUGGUUCCAGAAUAGAAGGGCCAGAUCUCGCCGUGAUCCAAACGAUGUCAGUUCUCCACGAAAACCACCAUCACAGUUUGACAGUGAUAGUAAUUCGCCGUGUUCCUCACCUAAACCUAGAACAGCCCCUAAGCUAGAUCUGGCUCAGGAGAAAUUAGUUACGUUUGUAAAGAAACCAAUUGGGAAUUCAAAAUGGCAUGAACCAAUUAGAAGCACAUUUUUGUCUACACAACCAGAGCUUCGAUCUCCAGAGCGUCAGAUGUAUCAACCAAAUAUCAGCCAUCCAUACAUGUUUGAUUAUAAUUCAUACCAACCAAUCAAUCACGACGUACCAUUUUACUAUCAACCAAUCAGAACAAACGAUUCAUUAGUGCCUCUUCCGGAACCAGAAUAUCCUAUUUCCAGCAUUUUAAAUGAAACGAACAGUGUAACUGGAAACCAAUAUAAUAAUGAUUACGGACAUUCUUGCUAUAGCACAUCUGGUGAACUUGGUUACUAUGGCAACUCGGAAUCUGUUACUUAUUCCUGUAUGAUUGAGAGGGAAUGA